AUGACAAACAGACCAUUAACCACUUUAUGGUUAUUAUCAACAUUAGGCGGAGUUAACAUCAACAGUAAUAAGACUAGUGGUACUUCUUCUGCCAAUAACAAUACUCUAAAUUUAAUCAAUUCCUUGCCUCGUAAUGUUCAAAAAAAGGAUAUUUUACAGAUCUCUAUACCUGAAACAUGCGAGUCUAUUUUAAAGCAAGAAUUAGAUGAUAGUUCAUUAAAGUACAUAUCCAAUUUAAUGUUUGGCCUAACCAUUUGCUAUAAUAAAAAAAAUGUUUUCCUAUUAAACGAUUUACUUAAUUUGAGAGCUCAGUUGAAAAAAGCUAUUAUGAUGGAACCAACCACAAGAAUCAAUAAACAGAUGAAUUCGAAUAAUUCAUCAAGUACUAUAAAUAUGGCACUUUUUGACGGUGAAUUUGAAUAUAAAAAUAUUUUUGAAUAUCAGAAAGCUCAAUCACUAAUUUUAACCAAAAAUAAAAAUGGUAAUAGUAACCAUUUUUUACAAGAUGAUUUAUUUUUCGAUAUCCAAGAAGUGGGCAACACCUCAAACAAGUUUAUCCAACAAUUACUUAAUAAAAACGAUCCAGCACAUCCGAUGAAUGUAAAAGAGAAUGAUAAAAACUCUAAUAUACAAAUUAGACAAUACGAUCUAGGCUUAGAAUUGGGUGCUGGCAGUGAUAAUUUUGGGAAAUUAACGGAGUAUUCUUAUAAUAGCGUGGAUUUACCCACCAACACAAAUAACAGUUAUGAAGAAACGGAUGAUUUGGUUGGGUUGGAAAAUGAUAUAGACUUUGAUUUGGAUAUUCUAAGUCAAAAAAGCGAUGGCAGUAACUAUAUUGAUUUAAUUGAUGUUGGAAGUCGUGGAACCAGUAUCUUGUCUCGUAAGAGAAGCUUUAGUGAUGUCAGUAUAAGCCUAAACUAUAAUGCUACUGACAUUAAAGAAGAGUCGCCUUUUGAAGGUAAUGGUAUAGAGCAAAAUGCAAAAGUUGGAGGGCCAAAUUCUGAUGGAGUGGACCAAGAAGUUAGUUUAUCUGAUGAACUAUCAGUGAAUGAUAAUUCAAACUCAGGUAAUAAAAGUGAAAUGGAAGCAGAAGAAAAUGUUGACGCUAAACAAAACAGUACCGGUACUGCUACUACUACUGCUGCUGCUACUACUACUACUACUAACAUUAAUAGUAUCAAAGGUUGUAAUUAUAAAAAAAUCAAGUUGGAUGUAAUUGUAAGUUUAAAAAAUGAUGAUUUAAGAUUUAAUAAUUCUAAUUAUAUCGAUAGAAUGAGCAAAAAUAUUCAUCGUAAAAGGAACAAAAAAUUAGCCACUUUUAAUAACAUUCAAGAACUAUUGGAUGGUGAUAGUUCUUCCAAUUUUAUUAUAAAUAAAAAUAUAAUGGAUGUGUUAUUUUCAAUAGGAAACGAUGGUAAACUACCAAAAAUUAUGGGUAAUAAGGACAAUGCUUUAGAUGUUAAAAGGUAUAAUGAGGGAAAUGAUCAUAUAUUACCUUCUAGUCCAAGAUCCAUGGUAUCUGAAGAAGAAUAUGGUAGAAGAUUAAGUAUCUAUGAUGAAGAUAAUAACAACGAUGUGCUAAGGAAUUCCAUAUCUGGCAAUAAUAAUAACGGUGGUAUUAAGGAGUUGGAAGAAAUUGAUGAAUUAUCUUCAUUUGAUGGGUAUUUCUCAAGUAAUUUACAACCACAUGUCAACAAGAAUAGUGGUAAUGAUGUGUUAGAUAUUGAUUUACAAAUUAGAUCCAGCUCUAUCAGCAAACCAAAUAGUGCUAUGCACAACAAAAACGCUGAUUAUUAUGAAAACAGUAGUGAUUUGUUUAGUGAAAUACAACAAAAAAAGCAACCUAGCAUAAGUUUUGUAAACAGAGAGAGUAUGAAAUUAUACGAUUUGGUUAAAGCUAGUAUUGAUGUUUCUAGUACUAGAAUGAAUAUUACAACCAUGGAUAAAGUUGUUGAUUUGUUAAUAACUUCGGAUAAUGGUAAUGCUAGUACCAAAAAGCAAAAAACUAUUGAUAAGAAUACAGGAGGGAAGAAAGAAAGUAAAGCAUUGAUAAGUAAUACUUUUUAUUCUUUAUUGCAGUUGGCCUCCAGAGAUUUGGUUACAUUGGAAACAAAGGGUAGUAACAAUGAAAAUGGGCUUGCUGAUAGUUUAUCCAAGGUAGACGAUAUUGUAAUUACAAUUAAAUGA